GAGGACGCUGCGUGAAUUACUGUCACAAAACAGUGUUGAGCCAGACUACAAGACAACUUCUGGAAAUGGCUCAAGAGGACCAGAGCGAGACGUCACAACAAAAAGCAGCCAGUGACGAAGAGAAGGGGACAGAAAACCAGGGUUCUCCCGCUGUUAUCGAGAUUCAUGACUCAAUGACUGAAUGUGAGGAAGAAGCGAGGCCUAAUCUGGUGCAGAUGGAGGAGAAGGCAUUUGUGUCAAGUCUGCACUCUUUCAUGAAGGACAGAGGAACACCCAUAGAGAGGAUCCCACAUCUGGGCUUCAAACAGAUUAAUCUUUGGAGGAUCUACAAAGCUGUUGAGAAGCUUGGAGGCUAUGAUUCAGUGACAGCUCGGCGUCUUUGGAAGAAAGUGUACGAUGAGCUGGGAGGAAGUCCAGGUAGCACCAGUGCUGCUACUUGUACUCGCAGACACUAUGAAAAGCUGGUGCUGCCCUUUGAAAGACAUGUAAAAGGAGAGGAGGACAGACCUCUGCCUCCAAGCAAACCGAGGAAGCCAUAUAAGAGAAGUUUGGAUGGUAAGGUCACCAAGGCUGAGAGGAAGAGGAAAAGGACUCAGUCAGAUAGAGAGAUGGAUUCAGAAAUGGAGAUACUCACCCAGAGAAGUCCAGAGGCUGCCCGCCAAAGUGAAGCAGUGAUGCAUGCUCACCCUGCUCUCUGGGCCGCCACCUCUGAGAGACACCACCAAGACUGUUCUCAGCCAAACAGACCCCCCGCCAGUCUUUGCACUUCUGUCUAUGCCCACCUUGUUCAGGUCCCCACUUCCAGCCCCUGGACUGCUCAUAUCCCAUCUGCUACUGGGGAGGUCAUCUCUCCUCUGGAGAAGAAAAAGCGCAUGGCUCAGGCAAGCCUUAACUUGCCCUUGAGUCCCCAGGGCGAGGAUAAAGAAAGGCCCUCUGUCAUUCACUGCUCCCAGUCUCCAGCCCGGGCUUCGUCCAGUCGGAACUGCAACUCCUCUGACAGCUCCCCACUUCCUUUAUCCCCUUCCUCUUCACGCGGCCCCUCCCCUGUCUCUGUUUCAUCAGAGGACAAUCCAGAAGAGAAUGAAGGUAAACCUGCAUCAGGCUCUGAGCUAUCCAAAAACUGUCCCAGCUCUGUGAAAAAUGCAUCUGGCUGUAGUGAGGAAAGCAAGUCUGUGAGCUGCAGUCAGAUAUCCAAAGACCCUGCAGGACAAAGUAAAGACAUUAGCACCCAAUCUGCAGACUCGAUCAAAGUCCAGACUAAAGACUCUACCUGGAAGCCAAUCCACAAAGGCAGUAGCAAAUAUUCCGUCCAUCCUUUUUACUCAUCUGUGAGAUCUGACUGGGCUCCAACAUCUACCUCUAGCUUCACCAAAGUUAUUCCAAAAUCUGGGCAGCUACCACGGCCCGCUCCUAUUCGGCUGGGUUAUAAAAUCCAGCCGGGCAGAUUGAUGCAGCAGGACGAUUCUCUGACCUAUCCGAAGAAGCUCAAUAACAUGGCUCCGUGGCUUUAUCAGACAGAGAAGAGAGACAAAUCCAGGACAAUGCUACAAAAAGUUCCCCCCACUCAGCAGAGUCUGUCCCAUUCCACCACCAGCCUGCCGGCAUCAUGCGUACUGUCGAGCUACGACAAAUCAGGAAGAGACUCUCGGCACCAGCCUCUAUUACACCCUACAUAUCUCCCCAACAGAAUGAGACUACCUCAAUCUCCGCUAAUGUACCGACAUGUCCCAAUGAGUCCAGCUCACUCUGCUCUCAUCGGGUCUGCUGUUUACCCAUAUCCCUACUCCAUCCCUCUGUUAAAUCCCAACACUGGAUAUACCCUUCCUGCCAUGCAUCCCAUUUACCCCCACAAGCUGUGAUUCUUUGUAUUUCAACUUCAGACUCCAGUAAUAAUAAUAAUAAAGUACAUCUUUAUGCUG